AUCACACCUAUCAUGCCUGUAACAUGAGAACGGAUCGCAGAUUCGUCAGCCAGCCAAGCCUAAGGACGGAUUGCGAAGAACCAUUCGCCCGCAGAGAACUGGUGUGUGGGGCGAAUAAUAACCGUAGCCGUAUCUCGGGCCGCUCCUAUGGCGCAUGCAAUCUCCGCGCAUCCCGCCAUCAAGCUCCACCCUCAAACCCCGAACCCCCAGUUUCCGUCGUCGCCUCGCCUCGUUUCUGGAAACGGCAGAUUAACUUCGCCUCGCCUGGUUUCUUCUCGCGUUCCGUCGCACAGCCCGUCGCACACCAAUGCGUUUAGCCGCAGAAGCAGAAACCAAGAAAGCUCCUCGCUAGGCCGUAAGCCGUCUAUGGCGGCGGUGCGAGCGCAAUCGGCGGCGGAGUCUGCGGGGAUCGAGCGGCUGGAAAUCACGCAGCCCGACGACUGGCACCUGCACGUGCGGGACGGCGCCGCGCUGCAAUCGGUCGUGCCGUUCAGCGCCUCUGUCUUCCACCGAGCAGUCAUCAUGCCCAACCUGCGCCCACCGGUCACCACCGCAUUGGGCGCAGCAGAGUACCGGGAGCGGGUGCUGGCAGCCGUGCCAGAGGCGAGGAGAGGCGAGGAUGGCUUUAAGCCGCUCAUGACGCUCUACCUCACUGACGACACCACGCCAGAAGAGGUGCAGAAAGCGAAGGACGGAGGGAUAGUGGUGGCGUUCAAGCUGUACCCCGCGGGAGCCACCACCAACUCUGCAGCGGGGGUGACGGACCUGUUUGGCCGCUGCUUCCCUGCUAUACAGCACAUGGCGCACGUCGGCAUGCCCUUGUUGUUACACGGAGAAGUGGUGGACCCAUCAGUCGACAUGUUCGACCGCGAGAAGGAGUUUAUUCACCGUGUGCUCUCUCCGCUGCUAGAGAGGCUGCCGGCGCUCAGAGUGGUUCUGGAGCAUGUCACCACCGCAGAUGCGGUCGAGUUUGUGUUGAAAGCACCUGAGGGCCGGGUGGCCGCUACAGUGACGCCGCAGCACCUGCUGUGGAACCGCAAUGCUCUGUUCACUGGGGGCAUCCGACCGCACCACUUCUGCCUGCCCGUGCUAAAGAGAGAAACACACCGCCAGGCCAUAGUGGCCGCAGUGACGGGUGGCAGCACUCGUUUCUUUCUGGGCACGGACAGCGCGCCGCACGAGCGGGCCACUAAGGAGGCGCCAUGUGGCUGUGCAGGAAUCUUCUCAGCGCACGCUGCGCUGCCGCUCUACGCGCGGGCAUUCGAGCAGGCAGGCGCCUUGGACAAGCUGGAGGCGUUCGCCAGUUUCAACGGGCCGGACUUCUACCGCCUGCCGCGCAACUCCCGCCGCAUCACUCUCGUGCGGCGCCCAUGGACCGUGCCCGCCUCGUACCCAUACAGCGAUGGGGGCUCCCUGAUUCCCAUGCUGGCUGGAGAGCAGCUAGAGUGGCAGGUGGUACCUUUGGAUGCCUGAACACCCUUCUGUCUCACAGUUUUGGGCCCGCGGUGUGUCAAAACUGGUGUCUCAAAUGGGGAGGAGGGCCUUGUGACACCUCGUUGCACUUGGUGGUACAUUUGGAUGAGUUUGGAUAGCAAGUCAUGCAGCCAUUCCAUACUCCAUCCAAUGGCACAGGUACACUUCACAACUCUAUGCAUCUAUAUCCCUAAGUGUCGUAACUCUUG